CUCUAGAAAAGUAAUUAAGCCUGUAAACGCAGAGCCGUGGUUGUGCGCAUGAAGACUGUGUACACGGGAGCCGAAAGCAGUGCUGUGCGCCGUGCCGUUUGCAGCGGCUGCGCUUGAGAGUCCUUAUGUUCACACAUGUCUCUGCUGCACUUGUGAAAGAGGCACUUGGAUGAUGGACUAACAGGAACGUUGAGAGUCUGGGAAAAGUGUCAGAGCGGAGAGUUUUCCAUUUUCACCCUAGUCCAGCAGCUGUGCUGCUCACGUACAUACAGAUGAAUGAAGACCCCAUUCGGGAAGACACCUGGCCAGCGGUCCAGAGCCGAUGCAGGCCAUGCUGGUGUGUCUGCAAGCAUGAUGAAGAAGAGGACGUCCCACAAAAAACACCGGAGCAGUGUGGGGCCCAGCAAACCCGUUUCCCAGCCCCGGAGGAACAUCGUAGGCUGCAGGAUUCAGCAUGGGUGGAAGGAGGGGAAUGGCCCUGUCACCCAGUGGAAAGGAACCGUUCUGGACCAGGUGCCUGUAAACCCUUCUUUGUAUCUUAUAAAGUACGAUGGAUUUGACUGUGUUUAUGGACUAGAACUUAAUAAAGAUGAAAGAGUGUCUGCGCUUGAAGUCCUCCCGGAUCGAGUCGCAAGCUCUCGCAUCAGCGACGCGCACCUGGCCGACACGAUGAUCGGAAAGGCGGUGGAGCACAUGUUUGAGACAGAGGAUGGCUCCAAGGACGAGUGGCGGGGGAUGGUCUUGGCCCGCGCCCCUAUCAUGAACACGUGGUUCUACAUCACCUACGAGAAGGACCCCGUCUUGUACAUGUACCAGCUCUUAGAUGACUACAAAGAAGGCGACCUUCGCAUCAUGCCCGAUUCAAACGACUCUCCGCCAGCAGAAAGGGAACCGGGAGAAGUUGUGGACAGCCUGGUGGGCAAACAGGUGGAAUACGCCAAAGAGGACGGCUCCAAAAGGACUGGCAUGGUCAUCCACCAAGUGGAGGCCAAGCCGUCCGUCUACUUCAUCAAGUUCGACGACGACUUCCACAUCUACGUGUACGAUUUGGUGAAAACGUCCUAGAUGGCGGCAGGGGCGUCACCGGAUUUGUGGAACUAUUAAAUGUAUAAUUUGUAGACAUAAAGACUUGAUUGCUUUCCAGUUUACUGAAAGCUUAAAUGUCCCUGCGAACCCACAAUCUCUGCCAGCAGAACUGGUUUUGUUCCGAAUACUUAUGUGAACACAAAGCAUUUUGUGUAAGGAACUCCUUCCUCUCACAAGAAGUCUGUCUGGAGGGGAGUUAACAGGCAAGUUUGGUGCAAGUUAGGCCCCAUCGUCAUUUCAGACUGUAGUAGAUCGCCCCCACUUCCCCCCGCUGCUGCGCUCGCGGACUCUGCCGCCACAAUGCAAGCAUAGUUUGGUAUUUUUGUUAUUGCCUUUUUUGAGAAAUAUAUGUAUCCGUAUCUACCUGUCUAUAUCUGUGUGUGUACAUAGGUAAUAUAUACACACACACACAUAGAUCUGUGCGUGCGCACGCACACACACUUAAUUGGCAGUCCUUUCUUUGUGGAUCGGGGUGGGGGGUAGAUGAUGUUCUCCCGUCUAACAGGAGUGCUUGUCCGAAGUCAGGCCUAUUUAGCAUAUUACUGCGGUUGAUUUACAAUUACGUGGGGGCACAGGAGACACACAGGGAGAUUCAGCUGCUUUUCAAAGCCAGAAGUUCAGACACCUUUUCAUUCUGGAGGCUUUAAACCGGGAGUCCAGACAUGAAUCAUUUGUGAACAGUUGCUGGACCCACAUUAGGAUUUAACAAAACAGGAAUUUGGGUAAAAAGCUGCCUUUAAUUCUGAGCUUUGUAAAUUUUUGUUUACAUUGUUUAUCUUACUUCUUUGUUUCUAAGUGAAGCCCAGGUACUUGGUCCACACGGUGUGACGCAGGUGUAUUUGGACAGCACGCCUGGUCCGUAUUUGUGUGAGUCCGCAGUCUGCAUUCUGGUCUGUGGAUUUGAGAGGCGGCAGCGGUUUGUGUGCAUGUGUGGCAAGUCCCUGGAGGGGCCGAGUGCUUCUGUAGUAGAAGCUGAAGAGUGGCAUGGCCGCCUUCCGACAAGCCCUGGGACCCGGUUUUCCUUACUCUUCUUGCUGACACGCGUUUGUGCCCAGAAGGCUCUCCCCUGGCUUUUCCCCACCAGCGCUGUCCAGACAGACGACAGCUUCGGUUCCCUGACGCCUUCUGCGGCGCUGUGGACGGUUCCUGUGGGCCCCGCCACGUCAGGCCCUGUCACCACACCUGCUUUCGUGGGUUAUUCCCGCAAGGUGGCUGUAACUGAAGUAGACUGCAGGAGUGCGGGAGUGGCGGCCUGGCCGUCUCUCUGUCCCCGUGUGUCGGAGGAGCCCUGACGGGUGGAAAGCUACGAGAGAGGCAGGACGUGAGACCGGUGCCCUGUGGAGGGUGGACGUCUUCCCUGUGUUUUGGGCAGAAGGCUGAGUGCGCAUGUUGUCAGUCCGGUACCAGAAGGCCGCGUGGCCUUCGCCUUUGGGAAGGCCGCGGGCUGCCCCGCUGCCGGAUGGCAGCCCCGCACCCACCUCAGGCGGCACCGGGCGCCUGGUCUCAGACACUCCUUCUGCUUGGACGGGCCUCCUGGCGCACCUCUUGUCCCCUCUUUUCCUGGCGGCUCUUCUAAAAGCCCUGCGUGUGAAUCUCCAGACGGAGCCGGCUCCCCGAGCGCCGGUGGACACGUGUGCCCGGGGGCGGGGGCGGCACAGAGGCGCUGGGCCUCGGAGCCGGUGUCCUGGGGUGGUGUCCCCCCGGGUGGCUCAGCGGAGGCGUCCCCAGCCUCACUCACUGGCUUGCGCUGUGGUUUUUCUGCGAGUGCCUUCAGCACGUUGAGCGCCACACGGUCUGCCCUCUCCCGACGGGCGUGACGCGCCAUCAUCCUCCUCUCUCCAGUCGUCGGUCCUUGUGUUGCCUUUAGGGCGGAAGGAAGGGGAAGGGGUUUUUUGUUGUUUUCCUCUUAUUUGCCCCAUUCUCUUUUCUUUUGGUGGCUUAACUCCCACUUCCCCGGUGGCUGAUCCCACUCCUUUGCCCGGGAUUUCAGGCUUCCUUUUAGGCUCACGUUUCCGAUCUGCAUGCAUUGCUUGCCUUUUCCUGGUAUUGGGAUGUUGGUUCCUUGUUUCGGGAGCCCAACAUUAGUUUCCAAAAUUAUCACGGGACUUGUGACAGCACAAGACCUGAACCUGUAUAAAAUGUCCUGGCCUUCCUCACUGACCUGCUGUAGUGUUCUUGUGUCGUGUGCGUGUGACGUCUGGCUGCCCACGUGACGCUUCAGAGGAGAACCUUACGCGCAGACCAUCCUUUUUUGCAUGCUCUAUCCGAAGUAGGAUGUUCAAUGUAACUAACUGAACUUGCAUGUGAGAGAUAUUUAGGUUUUUUGUUUUCUAUCUUUGUUUUUAUUUGUUUGCAGCUGUCUGUAUAUUUGCUUCCUGUGCUGUUGUCGUGGUCGUAGGAUACAGAGGCACUGGUGAAGCAGUGCAGUGCCAGCAGAAGGUGAUUUUCCGGCCCUGUCUGUCGUGCAGCAUUUGAAGGGACUGUGCAUUCUUGAAACUCUCACAGUUACUUCUAAGCCAGAGUUCAUUCCUAUUACUGUUUUACGUGCCAAACCCCGAAGUGCAUUGGGCUUGAAUCUCUGAACGCUGUGGACCCAUUAGAAGACUGUUCUGAUUGUCACAAAUUGUAGUGCCUGGAAACAUUCUUAAGCUGAUUGUCUUAAUUUAAAAAAAAAAAAAAAAAAAAAAAAAGAAAGCUCUCCAAAGACAAGACAAACAGGAACAAUUAUUAUAACAGAAAAUGAUUAUGGUCGAAAUGUCUGUGGUUCCUUGGAAAUGCUGCGCUUUUUGUAUUUUCCACCGUUAGUGCAGUUUGAACGAAUGUGUAUAGUUCAGAGGUCUUCGUGUUCGCAUUUUACAAUUAGGUAAAUGACCUCAUCUUUCAAGCUUGAAUUCAUUUUUAAUUUUAAUUUUAUUUUAUACAAUGUGUAGACAGUUCCCUGUUCUCUGCAUUUAGAAGUAUAAACAAUAUAAAUCUGUUAAUUCUGUAAGUAAUUUUUAUAAUUAUGAUGUAACUCUAUCCUAUCCUUAAAACAUUUAAAAUAAACCCUUUAUGUGCAACUUCUGACUGUAAAUUUUGUGCUCAUGAGCAAAAUGUGAUGUGUUAAACCUGCCUCUGAAAAAGGUUUUAAACUUUUACUUUAAGAUCCUUUCACCACAUGUAAAUGUCAGCUAUGCAGAGACAAAAAGAAGUCUGACUUUUACUGGAAUGGUAAUACCUAGUUAUUCCCAAGGGGAGAGGGGCAGUGAUCAAUAUCCCAAAUACAUUCUCUCGUCCAAAAUAUUAAAGUUUGUGAUUUGCCA